ACUGCGGGACCACUAUACAAAAAAAAUCAUGGCGCUUGCUGAUGUUUGUGGAUUGAAGUUCCAGUCACUACAGAACACAUCACUCUGUGGAGACAGCUCAAACUCGUCACGUUUAGUAGAUUAUGCUUUAAUAUCAUCUCAGAAUUUCACAUUACCAAACAAUUUUGACCCAGUUGAAAACUUAAAAGCAUUCACUGAUCCAAAGAGUGGUGUAAAAAUUCAAUUUCACCAUGGAACAACUACACUUGCAUUCAAAUUCCAACAUGGUGUCAUUGUGGCUGUGGAUUCUCGAGCUACUGCAGGCUCCUAUAUUGCAUCCCAGACCGUGAAGAAGGUGAUUGAGAUAAAUCCGUACUUGCUGGGGACCAUGGCUGGUGGUGCUGCCGACUGUUCCUACUGGGAGAGGUACCUCGCUAAACAGUGCAGAAUCUACGAACUCCGAAACAAAGAAAGAAUUUCAGUUGCAGCAGCUUCAAAAGUAUUGGCAAACAUUGUAUAUAAUUACAAAGGAAUGGGAUUGUCUAUGGGCACAAUGAUCUGUGGCUGGGAUAAGAAGGGUCCAGGGUUGUACUAUGUGGACAGUGAUGGGACCAGAUUGACAAAUAACAUUUUCUCCGUUGGCUCUGGCUCAACUUACGCCUAUGGUGUGUUGGACUCUGGUUAUGCCUGGAACCUGACCGUCCCAGAGGCUAUAGAUCUUGGUCGCCGUGCAAUCUACCAUGCCACUCACCGAGACGCUUACAGUGGAGGAGUGGUCAACUUGUAUCACAUGAAGGAGUCAGGCUGGGAGUUUAUAUCACAGACAGAUACAGCAGAAAUACACUACAAGUUCCAGGAAGAGAAGAAGCAGUCCCGGUGAUUAGUGUUAUCAUAGACAUACCCUCUCAGCGAGUCACUGGGUGGACAAUGUCCUCUCAAUGUGAUUCGCCUCUACAUUGAUAGUCAUCAUUUAUUUAAAGCAAUGAAAAGUCUGCCAUAUUGUAUGGAUAAAGAUACACAAGAUUUAUACAGACUACUCUGUUUUCACUUGUGAUAUUGUCAUUUCAAAGAACUCACUCGGAGAGCCACAGUACUAACAAUUCUGUUGACUUCAGUAUAAGUGCUACAAGGGCAAUGAUGGUGUUGUAGGAUACCUGUCUGUAUCACAAGUCAGACUUGGAUAAGUGUCUUACAAAAUAAAAGAAUUACCAAGACAA